AUGAACUUCCUCACCAUCGCAACCGGCCUCCUCUCCCUCUCCACCUCCGCCACCUCCCUCACCCUGCGCCCCCGCUCCAUCACCCCACCCACGGGCUGCCCCCUCCCUACCUGGCGCGUGACAAACUUCCGCUGGUACAACGGCUCGUCCAGCCUCGACUGCAUCCACAACGAAGCCGACAUCAACGCGAAAGGCUGCCUCUGCGGAAAUACCUGGUGCGAGCCCAACGAAGCCACCUGCGCCGGCGUCGGGAGCUGGGUCAACGUCUGCUACACGGGCAUGCCAAACUACCAACCCUGGGGCUACGGCCCACCUCAAACACUCCACAUCGACUUCGCGGAUGGACUCACCUGCGCCGAUCAGUAUAUCGGGUAUCGCGUGCACGAUAUUGCGCAUGGUGAGAGUAACUGCGGAUACGCGGAUCGCGGUCUCGGUCGGAUUGUUUCGUUUUAUGGGACUUCGAAUGAGGAUUCUUCCACGGGGCAUAUGGAUUAUGUCCUGGGCGCUGGACAUGCGCUUACCUGUGACGAUGGACGCAAGAUCACGUAUUCGGGCAGCACGGAUUUCCCGCUCGAGUGUGUGCAUGAUGCGGCCUUUAAUGCGACUUGUACCGCCGAGCCGUUUGAGAUUCCGGUUUUGAGCUAUGAAUGGGUUGCUUAG